UCCUCGCCCGGCCGCCGGCAGCGGAAGGGGCGGUGGCGGCGGCGGCUGCGGCCGGGCCCAGGCGCUGUCCCCUUUGUCGCCAUGUGGUCCGUGCUGUGGACGGCCGUGCGCACCCACGCGCCCUACGUCACCUUCCCGGUGGCCUUCGUGGUGGGCGCCGUGGGCUACCACCUCGAGUGGUUCCUCCGCGGCCGCCCCCCGCCGCCCCCCGAGGAGGAGGAGAAGAGCAUCUCGGAGCGGCGCGAGGACCGCAAGCUGCAGGAGAUCGCGGGCAAGGACCUGACCAAGGUGGUGAGCCUCAAGGAGAAGCUGGAGUUCGCCCCCCGGGCGGUGCUGAACAGGAACCGCCCCGAAAAGAGCUAAUGAAGGUGUUCGUCCCGCCAGGGGGGCUCGGCGAGGACGAGGACCCCCAGCUGGAUGGGGGCCGUGUCCCUCAGUGUGGUGCUGGGGGUGUUCCUCUGUCACCGGCACGCCUUCAACCAGACCCCCGUGCACCUGGCUGUGCUUGGACCACAUGCUGCCCCCAUUGCUGCACUUCACCCUCCCUGGGCUCCCAGGAGGGCUCGGGGUUUGCACACCCUGUGGAUGUGUUACAGACGGCAGCCAGACCCCAUCCCACAUAACGUACGGGGAUGGGGAGGAUGCUUUGGAGAUGUGGAAGUUGGCAGCCCUCAGCCUGUCCUGGCCCCUGAUACAUAAAACCCUCCUGGCCUGGUUCCACCCACGUCGCUUUAGGUUUGGUUUCUUCAUGGGCAUGAAAACAGAAGGGAUUUGCUCUCCGAAGUGCGCUUGGACCUGAGUGACGUGGGGUUGGGGGCUGACUGUGGGGGCGAGGAGGGCCUGCCAUCCUGCCUCCAGCUUUCUGUGCUCUUUGUGAACCCAGACUGGCUUGCUAGAGACCGCAGCACUGCAGCACUGAACUGUCACCAUGAGCCUGAGCAUCGAAGGAAAUCUGGGAGCUCUUCUCUGCAUCGUCCCAGGGCUUUGCAGCAGGAAAGGGGGACAGGGGAGGUGGGCGUCCUGGCACUGCAUCCAACAUGAAGCUCAGAUGUAUAGAGAACGAGGAGCUCCCUUGCCCUGUACAGGAACAGCCAGAUUAAACUUCUGUGAGUCCUGGG